GCGGGGCACCGCGCGGAGGAGGCAGCUGAGUGGCCAAGUGCUGGUGACGCAUAUUCAAAUCGCAAUUUCAUGUCGGACCGCUCUGGAGAGGACAUUGGGUCGGACACCUUCAGCAACGACCUGGGCUACAGCAACGUGUGCUUCCCCGUUGACUCGUCGCUUGGCGUAUCCACUGUGGCUGGCAUUGUGGUGCAGAGGGUGCGGCAUGCUCAUCUGCCCGUGGUGCUGGCCGCCCUGGCUCGAGAAGCGUGUCCACGAGAUUGCGAGUCCAUGUACGUGAUCAACCUCGUGGUCUGCCUG